AUGUCGAUCCGGCCAGAUAUACAUUCUCAAACCAAAAAAACUAUAUACAACGUGUAUAAUUAUUUUAAAACGUUAGCCAGUAAAAAAGACCAACCGGAAGUGGCGAAUUUUUUCCGACUAUGUCAAGAAAGGACGGCAGAUGCUUGUGGAGUUAGUCGGUCUACCGUACAAAGAAUUUGUAAGGAAAGCAAAACUAUACCUCUUGGUGUUGAAGAAGAGUUAGGUGUCGAAAGUUCCACCGAUAUUAAAUUUCGAUCACCUAGAAAACGUUACAGUCGUAACAAACCUGUCACCGAUCUUGACGAUUUCGACAGUGAAGUGGUGAGAAGGGUGGUCCACAGUUUUUAUGACAAGGGAGAAUUUCCCACUAGUGCAAAUAUUUUAGCGGAAUUGCGAGAAAAAAUUGAUUACCGGGGAUGUAAUGACGGUCGCAAAUUUCUCAUGGAGCGAUCGGACAUAGUAGCUGCACGCGUAAAAUUUUUACGUAAAAUGAACGAAUUUCGUACAAAUGGUGAUACUCGACCAAUAGUUUAUUUAGACGAGACUUGUGUUAACACUGUUAACCAAAAUCAUACUCGGGGACAUAUUUGGCAAAACCACGAAAAUACAGAGGGCUUGAAUAAAGUACCUACAGGGAAAGGCAGUCGCCUUAUAAUUUGUCAUGCUGGGUCUCCUUCUUUUGGUUUUGUCAAAGAUGCAAAAUUAAUUUUUCGCUGUAACUCUGGCAAUACCAAAGUUUAUCAUUCGCAAAUGAAUGCUACAAUUUUCGAAAAGUGGUAUUUGCAAAUGCUAAUGAACUUGAAAGAGCCCAGUAUUAUUGUUAUGGACAACGCAUCUUAUCAUUCUGCAUUACUUGAGAACUACCCGAAGUUAAAUAGUAGGAAAACGGAUGUUCAGCAAUGGUUACGCGAAAAAAAUAUAGAGUUUUCUCCCAUAGAAUCACUUGAUGAACUACGGGCGAAAGUCAAACUUGCGAUGCCGCGUGGAAAAAUUUAUAAGUUGGAUCAAUUGACACACCAAAUGGGACAUGAAGUGGUAAGACUUCCACCUUACCACUGUCAGUAUAAUCCCAUAGAGUUAAUUUGGGCACAAUUAAAAGAGAGAGUGGCUGAAAAAAACUCCACAUUUAAAAUUGCUGACGUUGAGGCACUUGUCCAUAAAGAAAUUGACGCGGAGGAAGAUUUCCAUAAAGCAGGACUGAGGGACAAAAUAUUAGAGCCGAUAAUAUUAACAAUUUAUCCAAAUGACAGUAGUUCAAGCGACGAUGAUGACGACGACGACGAUGAGUAA